UGUGUUCAUGUCUUUCCCCGUUCGUGUCAGGGUCCUUACAAUCUGGGUUUGUUCUUCCAAAUCAAAUAUGAUUGAAAAUUCGUUAAAAACUGUUUUAAGACUGAAUAUUAAGCAUCCUGUUUUUAUGUUACAUAUAAGAUUGACACAUUCUAGGCGAACUUUCAUUCAUCACAAGUUUUGUUUGUUUAAAUUUAAGUCACAGACGGGAAGUGUUACUAGUGUAAGGACCUGCAGCAGUAAUCCUUCCCAUGGACGAUUUAUGAGGGUUCUAAAGGCUUUUGUUGGUACAUUUUGUCUUGGCACUGUUAUAGUGGGACUAUUAGCGUCUUCCAAAAUUAAGAGACGUCUUGCGGGUAUUGAGAACGUUGAAGACAGUGCUUGGAAUCCUAUCAAACACUACAUACAGUUUAAAGGAGUUGUUCUUCCACAGUUUACUGAAAACAAUGCUCACAAAUUUGAGAAUUUUGAAGUUAGACCAGAUGAUGUUUGGGUUAUUUCAUUUCCAAGAUCAGAAACAGAAUGGAUACAGGAAAUAGUAUUUUUGAUAAAUUCAAACAUGGAUUUAGAAAAAGCCAAAACUGUUUCUAUUGAUGACAGAUUUCCGUACCUUGAAUAUCCCAGCCCAGGACUUGAUGCUAUAGCUACUAUUCCAUCCCCCAGAAUGAUCAAGACACACUUACCAUUAAAAUUAUUACCAGAGGAAAUUAGGAAAUCAAAGGUGAUAUAUGUUGCCAGGAAUCCUAAAGACACCGUGGUUUCUAAUUAUCAUUUCUGUAAGCAGCUGAAGACCUUUGACAAGAACUUUAACUCAUUUGUGAAAGCUUUUAUUAGGAAUAAAGUUGGAUAUGCCCCAUGGUGGCAGCAUGUACUGGAAUUCUGGAAAAUCAGAGAUGAUCCAAAUGUUCUGUUUAUAACCUAUGAAGACUUAUGUGAGGACAUGGAAGGGAGUAUAAGGAAGAUAUCACAGUUCCUUAACAAAGAAUUGACCAAUAGGGAUCUUGACACAUUGUUAAGUUAUUGUAGUCCAGAAAACAUGAGAAACAAUAAACAAGUCAGCUAUAAAUGGCAUCUAGGAGAAGAAGAUAAUGAACAAUCUGAUAUCAUGAAAGAUGGAAUUGGUGAAUGGAGAAAAUAUUUUGAUGAUGAACCAAACUAUCAAAUAAAUAAACUUGUUGCACAUAAACUGGCCAAUAGUGGACUUACCUUUAAAUAUGACAAGGAAGAUAAAAAUGACAGAUGAAGUCAUUAUGUAAUAAAUGGUUACAGAUCAGAGAUUCUGGGGAUGCUACAUCAACAGACAGAUAGUCCCAGAAUGAGGCCAAUAGAAUUAUCCAGGAUUGAAGUUGUGUGCUGUGUGGUCAAGUUAUGUAAUGAUAAAGAAGACCAAGGUUCCACCAAAUUUGGUUUCAGAAAUAAAUCUAUUUGCUUUA